AAGCUUUAGAGGAAGCUGCACAGGCUGCUGUCAAGGCUCAAGGUUUUGUAUUUUCAAGACAUAAAACUACUGCUAUUAGAAAACAAUUGUCUAUGGUAUGGGUUGUCAUAAAGGUUAAAUAUAUUCAUAAUUAUUUAUUACUUUUGUCAGAUGAAGUAUUAAGCUUUCCUCAACAUAUUAUUGGCACACCUACACAUAUUAUUACUACUGCUAUUAACCAGUUUAGUAAUGAUGAUAUCAUUGUGCCAAAGGAUAUUGUAAAUCAAACAUGCACGAAUUAG